AUAGCAGCCGCGCAACAUUCAACCGCUCAGUAUCGUAUGAUUCUUUGAAAGAGAAACAAGAUGUUUGUCAUGUUCGUAUCAUUAAUCUUCGGAGCACUGGUACUCCUUUAUCUCUACUUGGCAAACAACAUCAAAUACUGGCAAAAACGUGGCAUUCCUUGUGCAAAUGGUGCUUUACCAGGCAUUGGUCAUAUGUGGGACUUACUAAUGUCAAGAGCAUCAUUUAACGAGUGCUGUGAGAAGAUCUACGAUAACAAUAUAAAGCACAGUAUAGUCGGCUUUUACAAUUUCAUAACGCCGACAUUGAUGAUUCGCGACCCGGAACUAGUGAAAACCGUGCUGCAGACGAAAUUCACGAAUUUUCACGAAAACAGUGGCAUUGUCAACGCUGACGUAGACCCACUUCUGGCGAACAAUCCAUUCUUCACGUACGGAGAAAAAUGGACAACUGGUAGGAAACGUCUGACCUACGCCUUCUCCAGCAUGCGACUGAAGAUUCUGCUCGAGAACGUUAAGCAGGUUUGUCUGAAAUUCGAAGACUUCAUAGACAGAAAGAUGAAUAAAACAGGGGAAGUGGAAUUGGAGUUGAAGGAUUUGUUCUGCAGAUAUACCACGCAGGUAGUAGCAAGCGCUGGUUUCGGUGUGGACGGAUUUUGCUUCGACGACAAAAAACAGAAAGAAACGUUCUAUAAUAUCGGACAGGAACUUUUCAAACCCUCUUCUCUGAGCUCUAUUAAAAUCACCAUUGCAUUUUUAAUGCCCUACUUUAGCAAAAUGUUGCGAAUAAAAUUAUUACCAGAAAAAUUUGAUAAUUUCUUCAGGACGCUGGUCACGAACGUUAUGGAAGACAGAAGAACAAGUGGUAUGCAAAAAAACGAUUUCCUUCAAUUGAUGACGGAAUUAGAGCGUAUGGAAGGUGAUAAAUUCGACAUAGACGUCUUAGCAUCUCACGCGGUGUCGUUCUUCAUAGACGGCAGCGAGACUUCCGGCUCAACUUUGAGCUUCGUUGGUUUUCACGUAGCUGCUUAUCCUGAAGUACAGAAAAAGUUACGUGAAGAGAUAAUAUCCGUACUGGAAAAAUACGAUAACAUUCUCACGUACGAAGCUUUGAGAGAAAUGACGUAUAUGGAUCAGGUCUUCAACGAAUCGCAGAGAUUGUUACCCGUAGUUACAGUCCUAAACAAAAUUUGCACAGAAACAAUUGACUUGAAAGGCUCCGACGGACUCGUCUACCAUAUUGAAGCUGGAACGAACAUACUGAUACCCAUCAGUAGCCUGCACAAUGAUCCUCAUCACUGGGAGAAGCCAAACGAGUUCGACCCUGAAAGAUUCAACGCGGACAGAAAACGCAGUGUCAAGAAAUUCACUCACCUUCCCUUCAGCGAAGGACCACGGUCCUGUGUUGGGAUGAGAAUGGCUCAGCUACAGAUGAAAGCAUGUAUGGCAACGCUCCUGAAAAAGUACAGUCUGGAACUGUCCCCCAAAACAGAAGUUCCAUUAAAAAUGGUACCAUCAAGUUUUUUACCAAUAACAAAAAGUGGCUUAUGGGUCUUUAUCCGAGAGCUUUAACUGCAAAAAUAUUUUUUUCAAUCUUUUUUAACGUGUUAUAACAAUUUAUUUUGUUAUCUGUUAUCCAAAGAUAACGGAUAACCAAUUAAAUUGAUAUUUCUAUUUUUGUUAUUAAGUAUAUUAUUAUUUUUUCUAAGAUUAUACAAUUAUAGCUACGUUUUAUUAUAUUCUAAUAACGUUAAUAAACAUACUUAUUUCAAUUCACAUACAAUUUUGCAAUACGAAUUAUUUAUUAUACAAAACGAAACAAUGUUUAAUUAUAAAUGCAAAGAGAAGAAUUUAUACUACUUAUAAUAAGUAAUUUUAUAUUUGUAAAAUAAAUUCUUGAUAAUA